UGAUCCAAUGAUUUUGUGUGAGGCCGGCUGUACACGUACGUACAUAAUUAUUAUACUGCAUUGCUGUACUGUACUGAGCUAGCUAGCUAGCUGUACUGUGUGUACAAGAAAGAAUGAGUGAAGAGACGGACUACAGCUUCGACUGUUCAGUGGACAACCCCGGAGAGAGGAUUGCAUUCAUCCAAGCUGAACUAGCAGUCAGAGAGAAGGAGGCAUUAGAAGCCAUUAAGGGGGACAUCUGUGACUGGCUCUCCCGCACUCUAGACCUAACCAUCAAUGAGGAGUCAUUCCUAGACACCCUUGACACUGGGGUAGCCGUCUGCAAGCUUGCAACACUUAUACAGCAAGCAGCCAAAGAAAUAGAGACGAAAGAAAGACCAUUGAAAGUCAAAGUCCCCAUGAAACCACUCAGUUGCAAUGCAAAGGCUGGACGUGGGACCUUUUUUGCAAGAGACAAUACAUCAAACUUUAUUAGCUGGUGUCGUGAUUUGGGAGUGGAUGAAGCGUUGGUGUUCGAGUCGAAUGGGUUGGUUGAUCACAGCGAUGAGAAGAGAGUGGUGUUGUGUCUACUGGACGUGGCCAGGUUUGCUGAUCGUGUCGGCAUCUCACCACCAGAGCUCGUGAGAAUGGAAAGAGAGAUCGAGGAAUUGGAGGCACAAGAAUUAGAGAACACCACUCAACCUACGAGCAAUGAUGACAAACUGCAGGAGCUAUCGCUGCUAUCACCACAGCAGGAACAACCAUCCACAGUCAAGAUACCCCCCACUGAUAUCGCCGCCCAAUUACCCACCACUGAGAACAUUAUCAAGAUUGAAAACACUGUUGAGACACCCCCCACUGAGAUCACUGUCCCACUACCCCCCACCGAGAACACAGUCAAGAAACCCCCCACUGACAUCACUGUCCCAUUACCCCCCACCGAGAACACAGUCACGAUACCCCCCACUGAGAACACUGUCCAAAUACCCCCCACUGAAAACGCUGUCCCAUUACCUCCCACUGAGAUCGCUGUCCUAUUACCCCCCACUGAAAUCACUGUCCCAUUACCCCCCACUGAUAUCACCGUCAAGCUCUCCACUGAGAACGCAGUUAAGUUACUCCCUACAGAGAUCAAUCUAUCCUCAAAGAAAAAUCCCAGCAAAUCACCCGAAACAACCUGUACCGUGUCAAGCACUACACAAGGCAAGAGUACACCCACUACUUUCGCAACUGGACACCCACACCCUAUAAGAGCAAGGUCGCAAUCACCUGUCAGGCCAACCAAGUCCCCAUUGACGAGAACUAGCUCUACCAAGAUCCCCUCCCCUGUACACUCGAGUGCUAGACCACGGCAGAUCAAACCCACCCCCUCCAUAACAACUCCCUCCCCUCCUGUGAGAGCACAUAGAGCCAAGAGGUUGAGAGAAGAAGAGGACACCCAACACAAGAACAAGCGGCAGCGUGGAGAAACGGAGGAAAGAAAGAACGAAAGUGUUGAUGAGAAAGUGAUGAGGAGAGUGAGUGAGUGCACGUGCAGCAACAAGUUCCAAGUAACGAGUUGUGGCAAGGGAAAGUUCAUUGUACAGGGAUCAUCAGGAAGGAAGAUCACAGUCUAUGCAAGGUUGCUAAGCGACCGUGUGAUGGUGCGUGUGGGCGGUGGUUGGGACAGUUUGGACCACUUUCUGCUCAAGCACGACCCGUGUAGGAUUCAUGCUAUAACAUUGGCUGGCAAGAAGACCAAGAAAGUUUCAACCCAAGUCAUUCGUUCAGUGUCUCCCCAAGAGUUCCUGAGGGCCUCACAUCAAUAGGAGCAAUAUCAGCACUUCAUCAUAAUUAUUAUAUUAACUGUCCUAAUAAUUAUUAAUAUAGAGAAUUUAUGAUUUUAUAGCCUCAUUUAUUAGCCUCGGCUCCAGCCUCUUCAACAGUAUGUGGCUGGAGUCGAAGCGCUUUUCCCUACGGCCUGGAAUCAGGGCUACCUCAUUUAUUAUCAUUCUUCAAGUUUAUAUUAUUAUAAUUAUUGACAAACGACAAA